CAAUGGACCUUGGCACUGCGGGAGAAUCAUGUUACCCAGCAGGUCAGGAGCUGCUAUGCCAAGCCCAACACCAACCCCCUUUCACGAUCCCUGCAUCUGUGUACACCUUCAGAAUUCCCCUGCUGCUGGUGGCUUUGAUGCAGUAAAUGACACUGCAGCAAGCCAGACACUGCUGCUUGGGGCUCAUUGUUAUUUGUUACAGCUUGCAUAAGACCUUGUAUUCUCCAGACCAUCUUGGAUGGCUCUCUUUAGAAUUUACCACCAUUUCAGGUUCGGCUCAUCAAUAUCAUUUUCUUUUUAGAUGUACGAUACACCCGUGAGUAUAUAACUAUUGCUCGCUCACCUUUUACAUUAAAGGUUAUGUUUAUAAACAAAUUUAUUUUUAAAAAAAAAUUAAAAAAUCUACAAGAUAUAUUUAACUAUAUCCCAUGAAAAUUAUACCCUAGGAAAAUAAUAGUACGAGUAGUAAUUAAAAUUUAAAAAGAUAAAUAAAAGAAAACAAUAUACAAAUUACAAAGUAUAUCUUAUCAUUUAUCAACUAUACAGCUAUACUUCCUAUAUUUUCUCAAUUUCUUGACUAGAAAGUCAUCAUAAUUUCACUUCUCCCUCCUCCAAAACCCUCAAUAUUUCAUAUUCAGUGUCUUCCAAACAAAACAAAAAAACACAAAACAAGAACAAUGUCAGUGAUAUUAUCAACCAUUUCCUCGGCUGCCCUAGCCUAUUUUGCAUCAUUAGAGAAGGCUAAGACUCAGCAAGCCUAUGACACAGUCGAAACCCUUCGUGAUAUACCGGAAUGUUAUGUAUCCGGCUUACAAACACUCAUAGGCAGUCUUCCUCACCAUGAUAUCAAAAAAAUUGUCUUCCUUCGCGGUGUUGUUUUGCCGAAUUCCUUACUUAAUAAUGUAACUAAUAGAGGUGAAGACCAGGGCUCUUCACCGUCUCAUGCAUCUGAUACGGUCCAAGGUGUACCGGAACCGGAGACAUCGGUGAAUAUUCUUGAGUCCUCUAAGACCCAUCAGCAAGCUGUUGUGGUUGAGAGAAGUAUCAUUCACGGAUAUAAUGAAAAAUCUAAUUUUUUGGGCAUCAUCGACAAGAAACAAGAGGGAAAGAAAGUUGUCUCCAAGGAACGCAGACAGGUAAUUGCCAUUCUCAUGAUCUUCAUUUGUAUACUCUACAAUGCAUUCAAGCUAGCUCAAUUCUAUUUUCGUCUUGACAAUAAUAGUCCUUUGAAAGGGAACCUAGCCCUAGUUUGUGAGGGUAUAUAUCAAAACAUUAGCAAAAAGUCGAACAUAAGAUUGUAACUUAUUUUGUUUGUAUCCAUAUAAUAUGGUACUUCCUCCGUCCCUUAUUUACAUGUCUAUGAAAUGCUCAAUCUUUUCGUCCCAGGUUCCCUUCGUCAUUGCAGAGAGCACAAAUCACAAUAUAUCAAUUUUAAGCGGCAAAUACGUUGUGAUCAACUUAGAGGAUACCGAUGUUCAAAUUCCUCUACAAAAAGUCUCUUCUGAUAAGAGAGAAAUUUUUAAUCACAGU